CUUGCCCCACCCAGCCCCGGCCACACCUGGACACCUCCACCCCAGCUCCUGAAGAGGUCGUGCCACCCAACCCGAGCCACCAGAGCCUCUGGGGUGUGCGGGUCCCACAGCCAGUGCACCCAUAACACCACGAGGAAGUGGCCCCCGGGGGCCAUCCCUGCCUUUUGUGCGGCUCUGAUGGAAGUGGGCUGGGAGACUCACUCCAGCGGAGGGCUGCGAGCUCCAGCCCAUGGCCCCAGAGUCCAAGUCUGAAGUAACAGACCCUGAGGUCUCCUGGGGUUUAAUAAAGUUGACAGUGCGAGGAUGAAGGGGAACAGAAACUGAAGGGCUGCUGGAGAGAGCGAGAUGAACGAGUGGAGGGCCCUGGGGAGACAGGAAGAGGAAACAGGCCGAGGGAGGGGAAAGGGGUGCAGCGGCUUGGCAACUGGCUUGGGGGGCCUGGGGAAGGCUGGGGAUCUCUAGAAGGGGCAGCACCUCCGGUGGACAAGGUGGCCAUGGGGCCAUCUGAUCCUCUGACCUGGAUGGGGGUGCAGGCACCCCUGUUGCUGCUCCAAACCUCCCCUGAUCCCAGCCCAAGAUGACACCCAACAGCACCAGGGAGGUGGCCAGCCCUGUUCCUUCAGGGACCCUGGGCCUCUCCCUGGCCCUGGCGAGCCUCAUCGUUGCUGCCAACCUGCUCCUGGCCCUGGGCAUCGCUGGGGACCGCCGCCUGCGCAGCCCGCCUGCCGGCUGCUUCUUCCUGAGUCUGCUCCUGGCUGGACUGCUCACUGGGCUGGCACUGCCCACGCUGCCGGGCCUAUGGAACCAGAGCCGCCGGGGCUACUGGUCCUGCCUCUUCCUCUACCUGGGUCCCAACUUCUCCUUCCUCUCCCUGCUCGCCAACCUCCUGCUGGUGCACGGGGAGCGCUACAUGGCAGUGCUGCGGCCUCUGCGACCCCGCGGGAGCACUCGGCUGGCCCUCAUCCUCACCUGGGCCGGGCCCCUGCUCUUCGCCAGCCUGCCCGCUCUGGGCUGGAACCACUGGGUCCCGGGUGCCAACUGCAGCUCCCGGACUGUCUUCCCAGCCCCCUACCUCUACCUCGAAGUCUAUGGCCUCCUGCUGCCCGCCGUGGGCGCUGCCGCCCUCCUCUCGGCCCGUGUGCUGGUCACCGCCCACCGCCAGCUGCAGGACAUCCGCCGGCUGGAGCGGGCCGUGUGCCGCGGUGCGCCCUCGGCCCUGGCCCGGGCCCUCACCUGGAGGCAGGCCAGGGCACAGGCCGGAGCCACACUGCUCUUCGGGCUGUGCUGGGGGCCCUACGUGGUCACCCUGCUCCUCUCCGUCCUGGCCUAUGAGCAGCGCCCACCGCUGGGGCCGGGAACUCUGCUGUCCCUCAUCUCACUGGGCAGCGCCAGUGCGGCGGCCGUGCCCGUGGCCAUGGGGCUGGGUGAUCAUCGCUACACAGCCCCCUGGAGGGCGGCCGCCCGGAGGUGGCUCAGGGUGCUGCGGGUGAGAUCCCAGGGCAGUCCUGGCCCUGGCACCUCCUACCACACCAGCUGCCAAAGCAGCGUGGACCUUGACUUGAACUAGAGGAGGGGCUGCUGCUCCACUUACUAGAAGCAUCCAUCCAUCUCAACCGCCAAGCCCACCUCCACUGGUCCCCAUGCCUCUGGAUCAGAGACCCUACCAAACCUCUCUGACCCCACACUGACUGAAUAAAGCUCCCCCCGCCAGUG